ACAUCUUUAAUGGUCGACUGGCUAUCAUUUUCGCUAUUUUAAGAUAGCUCUUUUCUAAAUAACUGCGUUUGUGCGAGUUCGGGAUAGUAAACAAAGCUCAAAACCCAUGAUUGUCAAAAAGAAUGUGCAACAUGUCAGCCAUACCUUCCGCUUACUCCUUGAGGUAAAUCGCAGUGGUUUCUAAACAUCCGUAAAGUAAUCAUAAGCAAUAGACCGCGAGUGAUAAAUAGUUUCGCAAAUUGCACGACGCAGCCUGCGUUUCGCAAUACAUUGCAUCGACAUUGAAAGGAUCUAAGGAGCAAAACAACAAAUCGUAAGCGAUUUACUUUGUCAACUGGACCCGAUUCUGGAGCACGGAUCCGGUGUAACUUUUGCGACGUCGUGUACGAUCACAGCCAUGGUUUACCUGGUGAAAUCCAUCUAAGUAUCCGAUCAAUUCGUAGUCCAAUCCGGAUCACAACACCAUGGACGCUGCGACGGAGGAUAAGCAACAGCAGGACUGUGAAAUGGUUGACGUUGAGGAAAGCAAAGAUGUGGGCAGAAAAAUGGUUUAUAAUAAGGACAGUGUACUGCAGAAGAUAGCGAACCUGUACGCGGAACGGUUGAUGUCGGACGUGACACUGGUGGUCGGAAAAAAUCGUUAUCCGGCGCACAGGAUCAUCCUGUGCGCGAGCAGCGACGUCUUCCAUGUGAUGCUGAUGAACGCUACGUGGCGCGAGUUUGGCGACGCGGUCGUGACGCUGCAGGAGGAGGAAAAGUGCCAUGGUGUGUUCCCGCAGUUCCUUCGCUACAUGUACGUUGGCCAGAUGACGAUCUCGGUCGACACAGUCGUGUACAUCCUGAAGUUAGCGGACAAGUAUAACAUCCGCGACCUCGUACAGCUGUGCGUCGACUACAUGAAGGAGCACCUGAACAAAGCGGCAGCCAACGGGUGCUUCGUCGAGUGGCUUGACCACUCGCUGCUGAUCUGCCCGGAGCGAAGGGAUCUGAUUACGCUCCUGGAAAACUAUCUCAAGUGGAACCUGGAGCUUGUCGUGGCGCAUAACGGCUGGCUCGAUCUGAGCCCGGGUAUCAUGCACUGGCUGUUGCAGCAGAACGAUCUGGCAAUCCGCAGCGAGUACCGGCUGUACGAGCUGGUCGAACGCUGGUUCUGGUACCAGAAGCGCAAGAUCGAGAGCCGCACCGAAAUGCGCGAGAGGGAGCGCGAGAACGCACUGAACAGCAUCACCAGCAACGUGCUGGUGUACAUCCGCUUUCCGAUGAUGCGGCUGAUCGAGAUGGCGAAUGUGCUGGUCAGCCCGUCACUGCGCGAACUGAAGGAGUUCGUCGUGGCGCGCGUCGCCGACGGCAUGAACUUCCACUCGGAGCGCACCGAGGUGAUUGCGGCGGCCCGGCAAACCGAGUACGGCGAGCAGCAGUUCACGCCACGGCUGUACACGUGCGACCUGUGGAGCCUCGGCAUUGCAGUCAACUUUUUCGACAACAUGGAAAAGUACUCUAGCUUUCCAUCGAUGUUUUUCUCUCCAAGAAACUUCAUCGACAGCGAUUCGAAGGAUGAGGAAUGUGAUGGAUGGGAUGUAGAGUUUUUCCCGCUCGGUGUACGCUACAAACCUGCGCAGCUGAUUGGCGUCUAUAGUGCCUCAUCGAGCCGCGAUAUCCCGGAGAGUAUUAUCCGUACGGUCCGAUUGCGAGUGACGUGCCAGGCAUCGUUGAUAUGCGAGCGUCGAUACAUGAUUGGCGUUCUGAUUGCCGGCAUGAUGAACGACCAGGAGUACGUGCACACGUGCCACGUCCGUAUGGCGUACUUCUCCAACGAUCAACGUGUAGUCAACAUCGACAACCUGAUCCCGUUCGAGGAGUUGCAGCAGGUGAUGCACAGCCCGUCCCGGUACCUGGUCGGCGAGCGGCAGGACACGAUCAAAAUCCAGGUCGUCAUCGUGCCGUUAAAUCCGUUCUCAAACCUGUUCACUCCACAGCUGGAGUAGUCUAAGAAUUCGAACCGGACGGGGCUUUCUCUAAUGGCCAUAGGCGACCGACGGCAAUGUAUUUACCCAACGCCAGGGUGGGACUUUGUUUUACUUCCCAAACAUUGCCGUUAACACGUUAAGCGCUAUGCCCAAUUGCACUGCUAAGCCUACCUAACGGGCUCUGUCGGUCCGAGCAGACCGACGCCGGCUUACGGGGAAGAACACUGUCGGCCCCAUGGGGCCGACGUAGCGCUUAACGUGUUAAUAGACGGGCCGUAAUGCGUGGGUAGGUCGUCGGCCUCGUUUAGUGAGUGGUUCUCUGUCCGCGGAGUAGGCUGUAGCUUUAGUGUAACUGUAAAUACUAUUGUCCCCCACUUGGCCGGUGGUGUAGGCGAGAUUCCCGAUUCGUUGUGCAAGAGAAGGCAGAGGGAAAACUAAAACCUAGUGAGCCUUUCAGACAGGCAUGAUACUGAACUUAAAUAUUAACCAGCUGUUGUCAGUGCGUUACAAUCGGCAAUGUUAUGGAUCUCGUCGGAUCGAGAAAGAGUCGAUCAGGCAUUACUCAAUGGCCAAUCGAGACCGACCGAAGCGAGCGCAUUAUUUAGACACUGGAACCGAUGAACUGAUGCCAAAGUGAUGGGACGGACAACGUACGUAUUUAGGAACCUCCUGGCUGCUCGCUCUCGAAAAACAUUCUUUCGAGCGACCAUGGGAUACAACUCCACGGUUGUUACCCUCCUCGGGGAAUAUCUGACGUUGGCAGUGUUCGAAAUCGAGACUCAUGCAAAGUGAUGAGCUGCGUUCGAUUAUGAAGCUCACGAAAUAUAGAAUAAUAUCUAUACAAUACAGGUCGUACAUAUAGCAAAUCAAUGGAGCUUUCAGAGUGCGAGAUGAAGCUCCCGAAAUUGAAUUGUCCACCAGACGCGCGAAACAAACAACAUUAUCUAUUUUUUAUUAUUAUUAUUAUUUCCUUCCCACGCUGCCUUUGCGUCUGGAAUCCACGAAAAGUACUUGGACGGCGUCCGCACAUUCCUUUAUCCCUCUACCGCGAUCGGCAAAAAAAGGUACAGAAUGAUUUGGUAUUUGGUAAUGACUUGAAAAGGCUGCGUUUGAUAUGGAUCAGUGUUAUUUUUUCAUUUCUAUUUUUACGGUGCUGCCGUAUUCUACGAUGGAUCCAGUGUUAGUUAGUCAGUUUUUUCCCAACUCCCGGUGUGCAAUCGCAGUUCGAUGCCUUUUGUUUCCGAAUAAACAGAAUGUUUUUUUCGCUGGUCCAUGAUAUUAACGAUGCGUGCGGUUGGUUAUACUGUGAAGUCCUUGUACGAAAAGCUUACUGUAUAUCACAUUUUGUUAGCAACACAAAAAAAAAAUGAUAAGUGAAAUUAGCAUAUAAGUUAAGGCAAUGCAAAACAAAAAAAACAAAUAAGCAGUGUGAAAGCAAUUAACUUAUUCCCCGUGUCUACAUUCUUGUAUGAACUCUACACUUGGUGCUGAA